AUGGGAGAAAAUGAGUAUGAUAGGGCUUACAAUUGCUGGGCCUCCUAUGCAGCUCUAGACAUUGUCGAUGAUGAACUAGUAAAGAGCAGUACAGGUGUGACCUCGAUUUGCGCUUCCCAUGUGCUUGGAGGCAAGGAACAUGAGAACAAGCACUUACAUAAGCAGCUUGAAGAACUACUAGCAAAGUUAUAUGAGUAUCAGAACCUAUCGAAGAAGUCAUUGGAAAGAUGCAGCGGUGCCCUCGAGGAUGUCGUCUUGAGGGGUUUGAGCAAUAUUAGCGAGGACAAGGUUCUUGCCGUGGUAAACCGAGUGGAUUGGCGUGUCGACCACCCCGACGACGUUAUUUGGGAUGUACCUAAUAUUAGUGUUGAGAGGUUCUGUCAAGUUGACUAA